AUGGAGGCAGAAAGAGACGAAAGGUUGAAAUUGAGGUAAACAGAUGAUUUUGGAUAAGAGAAAAUUGAUACAUUACUUAGAUCAAAAACUCGACAUUUGCAUAUUGUUUCACAACUCGAAAACCUAGAAAUUGGUCAAAAUCUCUACGGCCGCCGAAGUUUGUCAAGCACAAUUUUGAAUUCGGAACAUCGAGAAUAUCGAAUUGAUCAAAGACUUAUGACAGAAUUGAAUAGCGUUCCUUUGAAGAUGAAAAAUCGUAGAGUAGUCGUGAAAUCAGCGGAAAAAAUUAUUUCUUACGAUCAACCCGAAAAUGACUUUGAUCUUUCGUAUGCGCAAGAUCCGCUGAGAAUUCUACAAGUUUUUCUGGUUGAUUGCGAGCUGAAUAAUAAGACGGAAACAAUUGCACUUGUUUUGCGACAACGUAACUUUUACGUGUACAAUUUGAAUAGUUCGGAGAAUCCUAUCAAGAAAUUCAUUUUGCCAUACGUAAUUCGAAAUUGCCAUUCUAAGUGAGUAUUAAAGGGAUUUCAAGAGAGAUGCUUUACUAUUCCAAAGUUACCCUAAUUUUUUGUCUUCAGAAAAAUGAAUUGGAACAGAAAAAAUGAAUCACUUUGCAUCAAAAUCGCAGGAAAUGAGGACACGUGUUUUCUACUUUUCGAUAUACUUUCACUAGAAUUUGUGACAAGUUUUGUGGUGAAACAUAAUGUGAGAUUUGUUCUUAAAAAAAACAAAAAAUUAAAUGUUUUGUUUCAGGCGAUCAAAUUUUUCUUUGGAGAGCUAUCAAAAUUAAAGUUGAAACAAGAUAUUUUACAUAUUCGAUGGGCAUCUACAUUAAUUCUAUAUUCGUUUCCAGAAUAUUGGGAGAAGUUUGGGAAUUCAAGACGGAUUUCAGAUAUUGCUGAGGAUCUAGAUUUAGAAUCAGAACUACCAAUAGUUUUUGAAAUUACAGAAUUCAGUCAAUCACUUUUUUAUAUUGAGGAAUCACAUCAGGUGAAUAAAUCCGGAUGAUAACGACUUUCGAAAAAUAAGAGAUAUUGUCUUAUAAAGCUAAAUAGGCUGACAGCAAUGCUAUAAAAAUAAGCAUUUGACUUUCUGAGCUCCGAGCUAAAUUUCAGGGCUCAUUUUCUUGGCUCCGCUUGGAGAUCGAAAUGUAAUUUUUACAUCAUUGUGAUCGGCGUAUUCAUUUCUAUAAGACAAUAUUUCUUUUUUUUCAAGAGGUGUUAUCACUCUCAUGCAAUUCCAUUAUAAAUAACACGGAGAUUAUUUAGAUUAUGCAUGUUUCUCCAAAUCUUCCUUUCAUUUUUGUAUUUCCACGAUUAUCAUAUCCUUCAUUUUCUGGAAAUUUCUCACAUCAUCCAUUUGUAAUUAUGGAUCUCAAAAACCCUGAAACCCUGGUCGAUUUCAAUCAAAAAUGCCCUUUUCCCCGAAAUGGUCGCGGUGUCAACUUCAGCGAUUUCGAGAUGAACACCAAAAAACGAUCGUCUUUUAUUUUUGCUGACGAUUCGAAUUCGACAUUUCUGGCAUUCGAAAAAUGCGAUUUGGUCAAAUAUUAUGUGAACAAUAAUGAAACAAUUAGAGAAGUUUGGAGAACUACGAUAUUUCCGAAUGUUGAAAAUCGAAAUUUUUAUCUAAGAGAAUUGUAUGAAAGAGCAAAAGAGGAAAGAUCUGGACUAGAAAAUUAUUAUCGUGAUAAAACAUUGAGCAAACAUAUGGUAAAUCCAAAAUUCAAAGAAUUUUCUCAUUUUCAAAUUAGAGCUAAUUAGGAAAGUAUUUUUUCCAGAAAAUUCACAAUGCUUAUCAAUCAAAAGAUGGCGAAAAUAUAAUAGUAUAUUUAUCAAUUGAAGAUGGUCUACUUUUACCAAAUGGUUAUUUUGCUAUGAUGGCAUUUACCAGAAACGAUAUUAUGCGAUUCGCUUAUAUUAUCGAUGAUAAAAAUGGAGAAAUAUUGAGAAUUAUUCCAUUAACAAAGAAAAACGAAACAGAUGGUAAUCAACCUUGGGAAUUCGAAUUAGAGGAAGAUAUGCUAACUCUUCCAAAAAAGGCAUCGUCACCAAUUUCAGUUCUGGAAAUAUGGCAACUCAUGGAGCCACAACAAUAUAUUAUUGAUGAUAACUGA